UCUCAUUGUAAUCAUAUCUGUGUAAACUGUUUUUAUAUUGCAAUAGAAAGCAAAAUUUAACAUCUUUGGAAAUGAUUAUCAAUCCGCUUAACGUUGUUAGACUUUCAUUGGUGCCAAUAAAUUCAAUAUAUCUAACAGAAACACCAGUAACUGAAGCAGAAAAGGAAUUAAAGGAAAACACAAAAAUUAUUGCUGGGUGGUGUUUUUCAUUAUAAUGGGUUGGAAGUAACGGAAGAAAUAUAUCUCGAUUAUGAAAAACCUUAUAAAUUACAUAGUCCUAAAAUAAUUGAAGAAGCAUGGAAUGAAGAUAAUGUAAAUUCUCAUCCUCAUUGUUCAAAUGAUGAUAGUUCAAAUUUUGACAGUUUUUAUAAAAGACGAGCUGUUGAGUUUUGGCGACAUCGAGAUAUUGAUAAAAACAGUAAUGACAAAAAAAGAAAUCGUCCUUUAAAAGUAGUGAAAAAUAAAUUUAGAAGAGUUUCAUCUGAACGUCAGUUAAGGCGAUGGGAAGAACAAAUAAAUUCAAGUGGAAGUCGUAUAGAAAAAUUAUCUUACAUCUCCAAAUUUACACACGAUAAAUUUACUGUAGCUGUUGAAUCAGGAUUCAUGGUUCAUGAUAUUGAUCUAAAAAGAUGGGCUUUACAAGCUCAAGAAGAAAUAGGAAAUUUAAAUCCUAUAUUUAAAGCAUCUCACAGUUGGAUUGCAAGAUUCAAGAAGUUUCACCGAAUUGUUUCAAGAAAAGUUACGAAGUUUAUCACUAGAAGAACAUUAGAAGAUUCUGUUGAUUUGCAAAAAUCAGCUGAUGAUUUUCUGGAAACAGUAAAACCUCUUAUUGAACAAUUUGGAUCUGGAAAUAUUUACAAUUCAGAUCAAAGUGGUUUCCAACUGGAAAUUCAUUCUGGAAGAUCAUUGUCUAACCAGGGAGAAAAGAAAGUAGAACAUGUCGUGCAAUCUAUAUCAUCAACAACCCAUUCAUAUACGAUACAACCAAUAAUAUCCUGUAAUGGCAAUUUGUUAUCACCUUUAUUUAUUGUAUUAAAAGAAGCUAGUGGUAAAUUUGGACCUAGAGUAGAAGAAAAUUUAUUUAAACCAGAAAAUGUCAUUGUAAAAGCAUCGAAAUCUGGUAAAAUGACAUCAGAUCAUUUUAAAAUGUGGUUAGAAGAAGGUUAUUUUGCAAACAUUGGUCCUAAUAGCGUUCUUCCUAUCGAUUCAUGGACUGGACAUUGCCCCAAUACUAUUUCGGAUUUAACCCGUCCAGGAACACAUAUUACUACCAUGAUAAUAUCGAAAGGAACUACAGGGAAAAUACAACCAUUAGAUGUUUAUGGAUUCAGAAUUUGGAAAAAUUUUGCUAAAAGAUUUUCAGAUACGGUUUUAUUGUUGGAAAGUAAUAUAAAUUUACAUGAACGAAAUAAUAUAAUAAAAUUGCAAUCUUUGAUACAUAAUCAAUUAUCAUUCCCACGAUAUCAAAACUUAUUUAAAUAUUCGUGGUUUAAAAGUGGUUAUAUGAAUGAAAGACCAGAAGAAUUUGAAAAUCCAGUAAAAUUUAGUUUUGACGGAACAUCAACAAAAUGUGAUAUUGAAGGUUGCAAUAUAUAACUGUAGUAAGAUGCAAUAAUAUAACUGUAGUAAGAUGUUCUUGGUGCAAGAAAUCAUUAUGCUUAAAAAUUUUUUU